AUGCUGGAAACGUAUUGGGCGAAGCUGGAAGCGUCCCAUGAGAAACUCGUCGGCCAGAAGAUCGAGAAUUUGACCUCUCUCGAUUAUUUUAAGAAUCAGGUCUUCGAUGUCGCGCUUAAGCAUUACGCUUCAGCUCACCUUGACCAGCUUCUCAAUCCUGCUCCGAUGAAGACGCACGGUGCCUCAAACCUUAAUUUAUUGACGAGCUUCGUUUCUGAGGCACUCAGCGCGCUCAAAGCACUAGAUCAGCCAACAGAUCAUUGGGGUCCAAUCGUCGUCCACGUGCUCACUCGUCGCUUGUCCAGCAAGCUUCGUGAGGCAUGGGAGAAUAAAAUUGGAGCAUCGACUGAGUAUCCGACACUUGAACAUCUCCUCGAUUUCCUACAAGGUCGUUCACGAGCCAUGGAGACCUUGGAGGUUGGGUCUUCGGUGCACACAUCGAACGACGCCUCUCGUCCUUCGCAGCCCAGCGUCCAGACUCGUUCGAUGACCAAGAGUAGUGCCAAAGUCAAUCAAGCCUCUGUGUCUUCGCAUGCGCAGCAGUCAGCCCAGAAAUCUCCCAGUCCAGCGCAAAUACAGUCCACAAAGUCGACGUCCUGGGCCGACGCGGGCUAUCCUUGUUCCUACUGCAAGAUGGAUCACUACAUCGCUUCUUGCAGCGGGUUCAAGUCGCUUACACCAACAGCAAGGAAGAAGGUUGUCGAACGGCUCUAUCUGUGCUACAACUGUCUGGGGAAGCACAGUAUCAGAGUCUGCAAGACCACUCGCUCCGAACUCUCGCUCAUCUCAGAUCAACUAGUUCGGAAGGUGAAUUUAAAGAAAACUCGUAGUUCUGUCCACAUAACAGGAGUGGGAGGAUCAUCGUUUGGGACAACGACCGGCGAAGUACAUCUCACGCUGCAAUCGAUCCACUCAGAAGAACGCAUUGAAGUUACAGCUCACUCCCUUGAACGUCUCACCUCAACGCUACCGUCCUUCUCAGCAGAGGGCCUCAAGUGGGAUCAUAUCGAGGGUUUAGAGCUUGCUGAUCCUCAUUUCCGAGUCUCUGCACCAAUUGACCUUCUCGUCGGUGCUAAUAUUUUUGGUCAGGUCAUCAAGCCCAACGUGAUUAGAGGAGGGGUUCAGGCUCCAGUCGCUCAACUCACCAGCUUUGGCUGGAUUGUUUACGGGCCAGCGGGACCUGAUCAACCAACAUCGUACUCUUCUCAUCACCUGAGCGUAUCGAACGAUGAGCUCAAUGACCUUCUCACGAAGUUUUGGGUUCAGGAGGAAGUUCCUGGGCGCACUGACGCGAAUCUCUCAACGGAAGAAUUAGAGUGUGAACGCCACUUCCAUCAGACUCACUCAAGAGAUAGCUCAGGUCGAUAUGUCGUUCGUUUGCCCUUCUCAGCUCCAGUUUUAUCAUUAGGGAAUUCCUAUCGUCCAGUGCUAGCUUGUCUUCAUCGUAUGCUCGCUGGAAUCUCAAAAGAUGCGCACUUUCUCCAGCUUUACUCUGACUUUCUCAAGGAGUAUGAGGAUUUCGACCAUAUGAGAGUAGUAACUCGCUCGACUCAUCGCUCUUCGUCUUCGGUUCAGGCGGAUUCCGCUUGUCGUUCUGACGAGACGACCUUAGCACAUGAAGCGCAAGCUUCAGGAGGGUUGAGGGUCUCUAAAGGGUUUCAGGUAGGGCCGUCUGACGCUCAAAGGAGUUACUAUCUACCUCAUCAUGGUGUAGUCAGAGAGAGCAGUGAAACGACGAAACUGAGAGUAGUGUUCAACGGAUCAGCGAAGACCAGUUCAGGGAACUCACUCAACGACAUUCUCCACACAGGAGCCAAGUUGCAGAGGGAUAUUUCGGACGUGCUGCUCUGGUCAAGACAGCACAAAGUCAUCUUCAUGACGGACAUCACCAAGAUGUUCCGCCACGUUAGAGUUCACAAGGAUGACUGGCCCCUGCAGCAGAUUCUAUGGACCGACUCAAGUGGAGAACUAGUCACGUAUCAACUGACAACAGUCACAUACGGCACGAGAUCAGCUCCGUUUCUCGCAAACCGUGUUCUUCUUCAGCUGGCUGAGGAUGAAGGACAUCGGUUCCCUUUGGCCGUCUCGCCUAUCGUGAAAGGAAGAUACGUUGACGACAUCUGUGGAGGUGCGGAUACGCAUGACCAGCUCGUUAGGACCGCGCAAGAAGUUCGGGAUCUCUGCGCUGCUGGAGGAAUGCCUCUGGCAAAAUGGCAUAGUAAUAAUCCAGCGCUACUCCAGUGGCUCGCUCCUGAUAGUGCCUCCAAUGACCAGGGAGUUUAUGAGGAUUCGGAGACCCGGAUUCUUGGCUUGUCGUGGCAGCCCAGCUCGGGUAACUUCAUCUUCUCAAGUCGGACCAGCGAUGAAUCGAAGGUUUCUAAGAGGAAUAUCCUCUCAGAGAUCGCUCAGAUCUAUGACCCACUCGGAUUUCUAUCUCCUGUCGUGAUCAGAGGGAAACUGCUCAUGCAGGAGACCUGGAUUGGAAAGCUCGGUUGGGAUGAGGAAGUCCCAGAACAAGUUGCCCAGCGUUGGAAAAGUUUUCGAAAUGAUCUCACUCUGCUCUCGAAGUUAUCUGUUCCNCUGAUAGUGCCUCCAAUGACCAGCGAGUUUAUGAGGAUUCGGAGACCCGGAUUCUUGGCUUGUCGUGGCAGCCCAGCUCGGAUAACUUCGUCUUCUCAAGUCGGACCAGCGAUGAAUCGAAGGUUUCUAAGAGGAAUAUCCUCUCAGAGAUCGCUCAGAUCUAUGACCCACUCGGAUUUCUAUCUCCUGUCGUGA